AUGCCCUUAAACCCUCACAAAACUUCUCCAAAUCAAUCUAAGAGUUCUCUUGUCCGCAGACACCUUUGUGUGCUGAUGUGUCGAGAGUCAUAUUGCUCGCCCAUCCCACCCUCUCUCUCGAAGGCUGAGAAAGAGGGUUUGGUUGCUCGCUUCCCAGUGGGAUGUCAACUCUUUGGCAAAUCUUCCCCCACAUUAAUUGCCAUUACAGACUUGGUCAAGACUGGUAUUCACAUGAACCAAGACGAUGAUUUUGAGGCAGUCAAGAUGGAAUUAAUGCGCUGGGGCCUUUGUUGCUUCUCUUUUGACUGGGAGAGCAACCUAUUUGAUCACGUCAACACCUUAGCCCUUGAGGUGUUCUGGAAUUCCUUCAAUGGCGCAAUUGAAUCUCUGGCUUAUAAAUUCAAAAUUGACAAAGACUUGCUCAAGCGUGAAAACAUCUUACCUGUCCUUUUGCACCAAUUCAAACGCGAUGUUGUGAUGUACAAGGGGAAAUGUCAAAACUUGGAGGUCCUUGAGUAUCAUUACAUGGUAGCCAAAAAAAAAGUUAAGUCUGGUGUUGACGUAAAUGUGACAACCAUCUUCCACCCACGGAACUACACCGUUAUGGGGGAGUUCUUCAAAGUCACAGUCACUAGUGGGACCUGCUCUGUUGAAGAAUUACACUUUGAACUUCCUUGA